AUGAGCAGCCCGAAAAGAAGAAUCGAGACGGAUGUCAUGAAGAUGAUGAGCGACUACGAGGUCACUCUGGUCAAUGACAACAUGUUUGUAUCCAUCCGCUCACUUGAAUUCUUCGUCAGAUUCAAGGGCCCCGAAGAGACACCCUUCCAGGGCGGUCUCUGGAAAAUCCAUGUCGAACUACCCGACCAAUACCCAUACAAGAGUCCCAGCAUUGGGUUCGUGAAUCGCAUCUUCCAUCCCAACAUCGAUGAGCUAUCUGGCAGCGUCUGCCUCGACGUCAUCAACCAAACGUGGUCGCCAAUGUACGAAAUGGUCAACAUCUUCGAAGUGUUCCUUCCCCAACUGUUGCGCUACCCCAAUCCGACGGAUCCUUUGAACGGCGAAGCUGCAGCUUUGAUGAUGAGGGAACCGAAAAGCUAUGAAGCCAAGGUCAAGGAGUACGUCUCGAAAUAUGCAUCCAAAGAAGCGGCCGAGGAUGCAGGCGAAGACUCGGACGAUGACGAUGAGAUGAGCAGUGUAGGCAGCUUCGACUCUGACGAUGAACCCGCAGGUAAUAUGGACGAGCUUUGA